AGAACAAGUGCUGCAAUUUUUAAGGCACUGAAUAAUUCUGACAAAGAAAACGAAGAGUUGAAAAAAGAGGUUAAAGAAUAUGAAAAGAAAAAGCUAAUGCAUAGUUUUGUGGACCGCAUUUUUGGUGGCGAAUUAACAAGUACAAUCAUGUGUGAAGAGUGUCAAACAGUUUCUUUGGUACACGAACCAUUUCUUGAUUUGUCACUCCCCGUCUUAAAUGAUCAGAAAAAUAGCAAGAAAAAUAAUGUUAAAAAAUCACAGCAAAAAGAAAUUGACAGUUGUGAAGAAAACAUGGAAAAUGAAUGUUAUGUGAAAGAAAGAGAUGAAAUUCCUGUUACAAGUAAGCAUCUACAGAAAAAGACAAAGAAAAUGGCCAGAAAACAAGCAAAGAACCAACGCCAUCAGCAGAAAUUUCAGGAGAAAGUUAUUCAUCUAACAGAUAGUGAUGUCACUGAAAAAACUGAAGCUGAUCAUGAUUGUAAUAAACAAGCAAUAGAAAGUAACUCUGACAUAAGGUGUCUGAAACCAGAAGAGGAAGAGUCAUUAAACACAUGUGAAGAGCAUUGUGUGGAUAAAAAAUGUGUAGAUGAGCCAGAAAGUACAGUUCAAGUACAGAUCACAGAAAAACAUGUUGAAAAUGCAGACAGUUGCGAUCAAGAGGCAAAUAAUGAAGUCAAUUUGGAUGUUUCUAUAAAAGAGUUUGUUCCCGCUACAGAGUGUGUCAAUAAGUUUAAUGAUUUGCAUCUUAAGGAAGAUAAGGAUGAAGAAGAUGAUAUUAUCAGUGACUUCAGCAAAUUAUUCCUGGAGGAGGAAGAGCCGAGUGAUGAUACAGAUAGUUUGCAUGAAUUUUAUGGUUUUGAAACACAAACAUAUGAAGUAGUAAAUGAAGAUCCAGAAACAGCAUUUUGUACUCUUGCAGACAGGGAUACUGUAAACAUGGAAGAAAAUUCAAUUAUUCAUUGCUUGAAUCAGUUUACUCAUACUGAGAAACUUUGUGAAAACAACAAAUUGCUUUGUGAAGUGUGCACCCGGAAUCAACUUUGUGGAAUCAAGACAAAUAAAAUAAAUGCCAAGAAAUAUGUAUACACUAAUGCCAAAAAACAAAUGCUUAUUUCUCUCGCUCCUCCAAUUUUAACCCUCCAUUUAAAAAGAUUUCAACAGGCUGGAUAUAAUCUCCAAAAAGUAAACAAGCACAUAUCGUUUCCUGAAGUUAUGGAUUUGGCUCCUUUCUGCUCAACUAAGUGCAAGAACGUAAGAGAGGGGACUUCAGAAGUAUUGUACUCGUUAUAUGGUAUUGUGGAACAUAGUGGGACUAUGAGAUCUGGUCAUUAUACUGCUUAUGUGAAGACAAGUACCACCAGCCAACUUUCUGAUCUUGUCAAUGACAAAAUUCAACAAACUUCAGAAUCUGAGUCACCCAGAAGGCAAUGGUUUCAUAUUAGUGACACUCAUGUGCAAGCAGUAUCCCUAUCCAAGGUCCUGAAGUCACAAGCAUAUCUUCUCUUCUAUGAAAGAAUAUUGUAAACUGGAAAAAUUCCAACGUAGGAAAACUUCACCAAAUGUUUAUCAUGUUCAGUUUAUUGUACUUAAAUCUGAAUUUAAACAUAACCUGAAUUAAUAUGAUAGAGGGCAUGUUCUUUGUUCCAUAAACUCAGACAAUUAUUCUCAAUUUUUAAAAAAAAUCCUUAAAAAUGCAAUAACAUAGAAGUCUAUCAUUAUUACUGUGAGAAAAAUUGAGCUAACAAAUAGUUUGAAAGUUUACUAUCAAUUUAUUUUCAUAAGUUAUGAUAGGUAAGGUGCCCUGCAGAACACAAUUCAGGAAUGUCAAAUUAUAUUUGACUACCCUAUUUGAAAAGCUAAAACACGGUUUACCCCUUGUCUUUUGCAAGGCCCCCUUGUCUUGUCCUUUGUCUUUUACCCCUUGUCUUUUGCAACCCGUCGUCUUUUCCGAGGCAGAGGGCCCCAGUCUCCCAGCCUUUCACAAAUGUCUAUAAAGACCUGGCUCUGCCAUCUUCCUUGGCCCUGACAGAGCAGUAGCUGUGGCUGGUUAGUGCCGUGAAGGUCCUCCCACCUUUUGAUUAGCUUUUCAUGUUGAAUUUUGCUAUUUUGCCUCUAUUAAUUUUUAUACUCGGUUGUUUAACAUUUUAUUUGUAUACCGCCAAGAGUGCCUCUGUGAGGGAAAUGGACUGUUUGUAAAUUUCAUAAAUGAGAAAAUAAACAAAUGUUCUCGUAUAUAAAUACAGCACACAUGCUUCUUGUAAUAUAAUGGGAAUCAUUUCUUCAUAUUGCAGUUGCCAUGAUUUUUUAAAUUAAAAAUGCAGUUCAAAUCUACUUCCUGAUUUUAUGUAAUACAUAAUGUAAUCAGCCAUUCUAAGUCUCGUGCAUAAAAAAAGGUUCAUGAAUUAUUUUGUAUUUAAUAAAAGAUUAAGUAUUAGAGCUAUGUAAAAUAGUAAAAAUACCACCUUGACUACAAAUAUGUACGAAAGACUUAUUUUCAAAUUGCUAAGACAGCUACAUUUUUUACAGCUUUGUGUACUUGUUUAAGUUGUACCUGGAUCACAUGCACAUUUCUUGCAAAAGAUUCAUCUGCUUCUACAGGUGAAAAAUAGAUUCCUCAUUGUGGUCGUAUGCACUGAAAAACAUCUAUUUUGAACACUUUGAACAGUUCUAUUAUAUUCUUCAAUGGUCUGACGGUACAGUACUGAAAAGUAGCAAGUACCUUGUGUAGGACU